CCACCUCUUCUUCCACCUUUCCUCCUCGUGUCGUUCAAUUUCGGUCUAUGGAAAGAUCAAGCAAUCUGGACAUUGAGGAGCUCAAGAUGACACGAGAACAGUAUAUACUGGCAACACAGCAAAACAAUCUGCCAAGAACAGAAAACCCUCAGCUUUAUCCAGUAGGAAUUUAUGGUUGGCGCAAGAGGUGCCUAUACUUCUUUGUCCUCCUGCUAUUGGUUACCAUGAUAAUUAACUUAGCAAUGACGAUAUGGAUACUGAAAGUAAUGAAUUUCACAGUGGAUGGAAUGGGGAAUCUGAGAGUCACCAAAAAGGGAAUUCGACUCGAAGGUAUAUCUGAAUUUCUACUUCCAUUGUAUGUGAAAGAAAUCCAUUCCCGAAAGGUUAGCCCACUGGUCUUACAGUCUGACAGGAAUGUUACAGUGAAUGCAAGAAAUCAUAUGGGACAGUUAACAGGACAGCUGACUGUAGGUGCUGAUGCUGUUGAAGCCCAGUGUAAAAGGUUUGAAGUGAGCUCAAGUAAAGAUGGGAGGGUGCUCUUCUCAGCUGAUGAAGAGGAGAUCGUCAUUGGCGCUGACAGAUUGAAAGUUACAGGCACAGAAGGGGCUGUAUUUGAACACUCUGUGGAGACACCCCAUAUCAGAGCAGAACCUUCUCAAGACCUCAAGCUUGAAUCACCAACUAGAUCUUUGAUAAUGGAAGCUCCAAAGGGAAUACAAGUGAGUGCAGCUGCAGGGGACUUAAAAGCCACCUGUAGGAAAGAGCUACACUUGCAAUCCACGGAAGGGGAGAUAUUUUUAAAUGCAGACUCAAUCCGACUAGGGAAUCUACCAUUGGGUUCAUUUUCUUCCUCCUCCUCCUCUUCCUCACCAAGCUCAUCAGCUGCUCGACAGACUAUCUAUGAGCUCUGCGUUUGUCCCAAUGGUAAACUUUACCUUUCCCCAGCGGGAGCAGGCUCCACGUGUCAAUCUGGUAGCAACAUCUGCUUGUGGAGCUGAAAGGACUCCGGAUCCCCCCUCCUCACACCAGAAUAGCCUUUUCUUUACAGUCCCUCUGCUUCACAGUUCUGCCUGGUUUCCUUCGUUCCAUCACGACGCUCCAAACAGCUCACAGAGCAACCUCUCCCAGUGUAAGCAAGGAAUCAAACGCGGCCUUCUGGUCCGGCUCACGGACAUUCGAGAUGGAAGAAAGAAGGGAGAACAGAAGUGGUUGUCUUUGUCAGGAAACCUGGAUCUUAAUAUCACCUUUUGUCCAAAAGGGAGAAUAAACACAGGUGCCUUUGCUAUACACGAAGUGAAGCACAUUGUUUUAGAUUUUUGCAGGAACUGUA